CGAAAAUGUGCAGAUGACGAAAUGUUCAUAUGACGUGUCUAUUAAAUUGGACACGUUUACUUCUCUGCUGGCAGAGAAAAACGUUUUAUUCUUCGGUGCGAGGAGCGCCAUUGUUGUAGUGCAGAGCGGCAGCACACUGCAAUUUCCCGCACUUUCGCUGCUAAUUCUUCCGCGCGAUAAAACCCAAAAAUUCACCCGAGAAAUCGAAAUUAGGGCAACGAUAAUCGAAAUGGAAGACGAACCGAUUACAGAACACGAAAGGUUACAGAUCGAGCAGAUUAUGGAGCUGGAAGCUGAGGAAUUAGAAGUCGAAGAAGUAGACGACGAUGAUUUGUCGGAUGAUGAUGAUUACCGCGGUUCUGCAGGAACUUCAGCAUCUGGGGACUAUACAUACGACACCUCCUUAGUUGCCUUGCAUUCGUAUCUUGGUGAUGUUGAAGACACUCACAAUAGGCUGGCGUCUUUGGAUGGUGGUGCUGUAUUGACCCUUCCUCUGUUUUAUCUAGAAGGAGUUGUUCUAUUCCCUGAGGCAACACUUCCUCUUAGAGUGAUUUUUCCGAAUUUUAUUGCUGGUGUUGAGAGAGCAAUGAGACAAGUCGAUGCUCCUUAUACAAUUGGUGUGGUUCGUGUUUACAGGGAUCCUAACAAUGGCAGAAUAAAGUUUUCAACAACCGGCACUACUGCUGAGAUUCGGCAAUAUAAGAGGCAGGACGAUGGUUCAGUAAAUAUUCUCGCUCGUGGACAGCAGCGAUUUCGCCUGAGGCGCCGUUGGAUUGAUGUAGAAGGAUCACUAUGUGGAGAAGUUCACAUCAUUCAAGAAGAUAUCCCUCUAAGAACACCUCGAGAUGUUUGUGGUAAAGUGGUUCCACUAAGAAACUCUCAAGCUAGUAGAAUCGUGCAAUUGACCCCUGUAAAUGAUUCGGAUGUGAUGUCUGACGGAAGUUUUGAGAGUAAACUUUCGUUAACAGAAAGAAGGCUACACCAGUACGCUCUUGCCUCAUCCCGCACGUCAGAUGUAUACGACGAGUCGAUAAGUAGCGAUGAUGAGAAAUUUGAGCGGAACUUUGACUAUCAAUCUGAAAGGUCAACAAGUUCAGAAUUCAUUAGAAAGAAUGGCGAUGACAGUCCUAUAAUUGGAAAGAGGCCCUUCUCUAACAAGGUAGGAUGGGGAAGAAGGCACUCCAUGAGUCAGCUUCGUGAUGUACCUAGAGCCUUCUGGCCCAAUUGGGUCUACCGCAUGUACGAUUCAUAUUCACUUGCUAGGAAGUUAGCAGAUAGGUGGAAACAGGUGGUUAAAGCACCAAGCAUGGAUAGCCUUGUGAUGAAACCGGAUCUUCUUUCAUUUCAUAUAGCAAGUAAAAUGCCGAUAUCGGAAUCGGCGAGGCAAGAACUAUUGGAAAUUGAUGGAACAUCUUAUAGACUGCGCAGAGAAAUUGAGUUGCUUGAAAGUUUUGACAAAAUGCGUUGUAAAACUUGUCAGACUCUGGUGGCAAAGAGAAGCGACAUGUUAGUGAUGUCCAGUGAUGGUCCGCUUGGUGCUUAUGCUAAUCCACACGGUUUUGUGCACGAGGUAAUGACUCUCAUUAAAACAAAUGGAAUCGCAGUUGCAGGGCGUCCGGUUAAGGAGUUCAGCUGGUUUCCCGGAUAUGCAUGGUCAAUUGCUGAAUGUAUAGCGUGUGGGAUGCAAAUGGGCUGGUACUUUUCUGCCACACAUAAGAAAAUGAGGCCACAGGCCUUUUGGGGCAUUAGGAGUUCCCAAGUUGUCGACGAGACUCUCUGAACCACAGGUAUUUUCCUGGUGUAGUUCAUGAAUUCUACCGCUUUGCACUUUGGCUCUAAGGAUUUAUUUAUUAUUAUUAUUUAUUUUUUUUCAGUUUUUUUUUUUUUUAUAUAUAUACAUGUAAUAAAUCCUGAAUGAAAGAGUAUGGUAAAAAUUGAAGGUUGUUGUGGCUUAUUUAUUAUUUAUUUAUUAUUAUUUUAAAAUGGCUGCAAUUUUAUGGUAUUAGUUUAUUCAGAAUUUAGUAUUUGGUUGAGCUGUCAUUUGUCUUCAAUUGUUUUACAUUAAUACUGUCAUUUAGUUUUCUUAGAGGGUGUUUGGCUAAGCUUAUAGGCUCUUAAAAGAGCUUACAAGACGUUUAAGAGUUUAUAAACUCUUUCGAAGUGUUUGUUAAUUUUUUUAAACAAGAGCUUAUUAGUUAUUAAGUACUUAUCCACUAUUUAAAAUAAGGUUAGCCAAACGGACUCUCAAUUCAUUGAAACUGCUAAAUAUAGCAUUUAUAAAAAAAAUUAAGAGAAAAACAUGCUGAGUAAAAUUCAACAAAAAAUGACCGCGAAAACUACCACCGGUCACUAUAGGAAGUCCUACUACAUUGCAACUCAAUCUAUGUCUUCUGAACCAAAACUAUAAAAACUGGCCUAUGGGUUUCAUGUGAACAAACAUUUAAUAACCAAAAAAUAAAACGAAACUAGCUCAAGUAAUUAAUUGAAUAAUUCCCCCAGUUGAUAUGCGAUACUUCCUGUGGAUUGGAGUGUACAUGCAACUCUCCGCAUAUCCAUCCGCGCGUGUGGGGAAUACUUGAUGGAGGUUGAUGUAUUUGCAUCAAGGGUGCACAACAUACAUGUAAAAAAGACAGUAAAUUCGAGUGAAAUCGAGAAUCGUUGAGUAAUCAUAUAUAAUUUUGUAGUUAUUAUUGUAUGUAUGUAUAUGAAAAUUACUUAACGUGUUGUGUGUAUACUAAUUACAUCAAAGAUACCGUCGUCAAAGUCAUAAUUUAUGUGUUUGGAGGAAAGGAUUGGAAUUUGGAUUGUCGAGUUCUAGUAAUUUUGUUUUUUUCACUUCAUUCUCCGAAUUAUUUUCGCUUAUGGCAAAUCAAUUUUUCGUCGAGUUCUAUUAAUUCUCUCUUCUUUUUUUUCUGUUGCUGCAGUGCAGAUUUUAGCUGGCAUUGCUUGCUCGGUAGUAGUUUUGGCUCUUCCCCUGUGGAGAAUAGGUACUCUCAAACAGAUACCAAAUCCUCUAGUCGAACAUCUCGACUCGAUUAGAAGAUUACUUAAAAAUUACGAAGAUUUUAAUCGUAAUUGUACUGCUUUAAAUCUUCUAGAAACUUCGUUUGCAGAGUAAGAGAGAACAAAACGUUUUUUUGGGUUAAUAAUUGUUGUAGAAACAAGGUUGGAAGAUCGAGCGGUAGCAUAAGAGAAGCUCGCUCGAUUUUCCAAA